AUGAGGCCACUUCGGUUUAUGACACGUGUGGCCGUGGGUUUAACUGGCGCGCUGGCGCUGGGAGCGGCUGCAUCCGUCCUCCAAGAUCCACUUUAUCCAACAAGAGUGCUCUACACGCACACAACGAGUUUAUCGGGACCGCGCUCGACAGCGGCGCUCAUUGGCCGCCUGUAUGCAACGUGGUUGCUGACGUCUGGAAGUGUGCGCAUCGUUGCGGCAGUUCGUUACGGCUCCGUGGCGUGUCGUCUGCUAGCUGCACUCACGUACGUCAUCGCACUCGCGCACUUCUACACGGAGGUGUUCUGGUUCGGUACAUUAUCGCUGCACCCGGCCGGUCGUUUACCGAUCAUCGUUGCUAGCUGUUGCCUUGGACUGCUGUUUUUGGACGCGGUGUCGACAGUGAUCCUCCAGAUGCGCGGUGGCAAGCACCACCCUGAGAAGAGCGGGCCCGGGCGCGGCACCGCAAGAUCCCAAAGGCCAAGACGUCUUGAUGACUAG